AUGGUCACACCCACAACACCCCUCUCGCCCGUCUCUUCAUCCUCCUCCAACAUCACCACCACCAACCCCUUCUUCUCUUCCGUUCCCCCUCCCCGCUCGGGCCACUCCAGCUUCGCAGUCCUCUCCUUCCACAAAACCGACACCAUCCGCCUCCUCGCCUUCCCCGAGGUCGUAACAUCGGCCAUCGAGUCUGUCAUCCUCGCCUCCUGGCCGCCGGGCAUCGACUCGUGCGGCGCCUUCGAGCAGUCCUACCAGUACAAGCUCAAGGGCGCCCCGUUCGGCUACUUCCGCAGCCAGCAGUACGUCGGCGGCAUCCGCCUCGUCCGCGACGUGCUGGCAUUUCUGCACAGCCAAGGCUGGGAGCUCGCCUCGUCCGUUCUGUGCAGCCGCCGCUACACGGCCAAGGACACGCUCAUUUUUCGGCGGGCGGCAUCUGGCAACCAGUUGCCCGCCGUGGAGUGGAUGAGCUUGGCGCCGAUGGGGACUGACAAGUUGAGGGUGGUGUAUGACGCCGACAGGGUGACGCUGGGCGGCGGGGAGAGUGAUCAGGAUUACUUGGGGGUGUUGAUCACGGAGAUCAAGAAGAUGCUGGAGGGGUUGGAUUAUUUUCAGAAGGGGGAUUGGAGUCACGACUUGUUUGAAUUUCAGUUGAAGGGCAGCCCUUGGAAGUCCAGAGGCGAGGCGAGUGUCAAGAUGCGGGUCAUGCUGAUGAGGCUGUUGGAGACGGUCGAGGGACACGGGUGGAAGCUGUACACGACCAUUGUGCAGCGGACGGGGACAGACGAAGAUAGGAUCCUGGAUACGUGGUACUUUGUCCGGGAGCGGGGCAGGUCAUGGAAGGGUGACACCGGAGGCGACGUCAAGUCGUGAUCUGUAAGUGGUGGUG